CUUUCCCAGCCAAUUAUCUGCGGAGCCCCAGCUGCUUUGGACUUUAUCUGUGAACUGUUUACGAAUGUCCUAUCACACACAUUCUGUGGUGCCUGUGGGGGAACAUGAAAUGUCUCUGUAGGACCACCACCGCUCAAAGCUCCUACAAGUCUUUGCAAGCUGGCAAUACAUUUCCCCUGUGUGGAAAGUUUCUCUACAGUGUAGCCUCCUAACAGCCCAUGUGGAAGAAUGAAAGGAGAGAAGCUGUUAAUACCAAUGGUACUAAUGUCUGUGAUGAUGAGUUUUGUACCAAUACAGACAUCUUAUGGACAGCACUUGGCAGAGGAGACCUGCACUGUCCAGAUCCUUGUCCCUGGACUUAAAGGAGAACCAGGAGAGAAAGGACAAAAGGGAGCACCGGGGAGACCGGGAAGAGUCGGCCCUCCUGGAGAGAUUGGCCAAGCUGGGCUUAAAGGAGAGAAAGGAAUUAUGGGUCGCUAUGGAAAAGUGGGCCCAAGUGGAAUGAAAGGGGUAAAAGGAGACACCGGGGAUCCAGGUCCAAGAGGCCCUAAUGGAGAGCCAGGAGUUCCGUGUGAGUGCACACCAAUGAGGAAGAUGAUCGGAGAAAUGGACAUUCUCGUGGCCCAGCUAUCCUCUGAACUGAAAUUCAUUAAAAAUGCACUGCCCUCCCCUGCAGCUGUUGCUGGCAUAAAAGAGACAGACAGUAAAGUCUAUCUGUUGGUGAAGGAGGAGAAACGCUACUCCGACGCCGAGCUCUACUGCCAGACGAGGGGAGGGCACCUGGUCAUGCCCAAGGAUGAGGGAGCCAACGCAGCCAUCGCGGGCUACAUCACUGAGGCGGGCCUGAGCAGAGUCUACAUCGGCAUUCACGACCUGGACCGAGAGGGCGUUUUCACCUAUGUGGAUCGCUCUCCCAUGACUACGUUCAGCAAAUGGAGGAAAGGAGAGCCCAACAACGCCUAUGAUGACGAGGACUGUGCUGAGAUGGUGGCCUCUGGAGAGUGGACUGAUGUGGCGUGCCACCCAACCAUGUACUUUAUCUGUGAAUUUGACAAAGACAGUGUCUGAGUGCAGUCCUUACUGAAGAGCUGUGACAAAAAAAAAUGAUAAAUAUAAAUGAGCUACA